AUGGCAACUUUAACCAACGGGCAGGUGGACUGCACGGUGCACGGCGUCGGUGUGGUCUCCGCCAGCACGAACGGGCUCGUGAACGGAUUAAGCCACAGCCACAGCCCGGUGGGCUGCCCGGCCACCAUCCCCAUGAAAGACCACGAUGCCAUCAAACUCUUCAUCGGUCAGAUCCCCCGCAACCUGGACGAGAAGGACCUCCGGCCCCUCUUCGAGGAGUUCGGCAAGAUCUACGAGCUCACUGUGCUGAAGGACCGCUUCACGGGCAUGCACAAAGGCUGUGCCUUCCUCACCUACUGUGCCAGAGAGUCGGCCCUGAAAGCCCAGAAUGCAUUGCACGAGCAGAAGACCCUGCCAGGGAUGAACAGACCGAUCCAGGUGAAGCCGGCAGACAGCGAGAGUCGAGGAGAAGACAGAAAGCUCUUUGUGGGCAUGCUCAACAAGCAGCAGUCAGAAGAUGACGUGCGGCGCCUUUUUGAGUCCUUCGGCAGCAUCGAGGAAUGCACCAUCCUCCGAGGCCCCGACGGAAACAGCAAAGGCUGUGCAUUUGUGAAAUACUCCUCUCAUGCUGAAGCUCAGGCCGCCAUCAGUGCGCUGCACGGCAGCCAGACGAUGCCUGGGGCCUCAUCCAGUCUGGUGGUGAAGUUCGCCGACACGGAUAAGGAGCGCACCAUCCGCCGCAUGCAGCAGAUGGCCGGUCAGAUGGGCAUCUUCAACCCCAUGGCCCUGCAGUUUGGAGCCUACGGCGCCUACGCUCAGGUGCAGCAGCAGGCAGCAUUGAUGGCGUCCGUGGGCCAGGGUGGCUACCUCAGUCCCAUGGCGGCCUUUGCUGCUGCCCAGAUGCAGCACAUGGCCACCAUCAACGGCAUCCCGGGAGCGCCGCUGACCCCGACGUCAGGUGGCAGUACUCCUCCAGGCAUCGGCGCCCCCACAGUGACCAGCAUCCCCUCCCCCAUUAGUGUGAAUGGUUUCACUGGCAUGCCGCCCCCCCAGGCCAACGGGCAGCCUCCUGCAGAGGCGGUCUUCACCAACGGAAUCCACCAUUACCCCGUGUUGCAGGAGGUGCUUUUUAGGGAGGACUCGGAGAAAAACGGCUUGGGCGUGGCUCCGCGGAGUUGUUUUGGGGUUCAGGGUGGCUGCUUCCUGUCCUCUCUCUCUGAAGCUCAAAGUCCCACCGCAGCUGAUCCUCUCCAGCAGGCUUACACCGGAGUCCAGCAGUAUGCAGCCUACCCUGCUGCAUACGGCCAGAUCAGCCAAGCCUUCCCCCACCCUCCACCCAUCAUUCCCCAGCAGCAACGAGAAGGACCAGAAGGUUGCAACCUGUUCAUCUACCACCUCCCUCAGGAGUUUGGGGAUGGAGAGCUGAUGCAGAUGUUCCUUCCUUUCGGUAAUGUCAUCUCCUCCAAAGUGUUUGUGGAUCGGGCGACAAACCAAAGUAAAUGCUUUGGGUUCGUGAGCUUCGACAACCCAGGAAGUGCCCAAGCUGCCAUCCAAUCAAUGAACGGCUUCCAGAUCGGCAUGAAGAGACUCAAAGUGCAGCUGAAGAGGCCAAAGGACGCCAACCGCCCCUACUAGCCCCGCCCCCGCCAGCCAGGCGGCCGGGCAGCACACAGGAAGACAGGUUUUGCUGAAUCAAAUGUUGACUUCUUGCCACUGAGUGCCAAUCAACAUCUGGACCACUGAGGCUGCUUCAGAAACAGAGGAGAGAGAGAGCGACGACCGAGUCAAGGACACCUCCUUUUUGGAUGUACUAGAACUUUGGACCUCAGAGAGCAUUUGUACCGCCCGGUUCUCCCCGGGACCUUUUCUUCUUCUGCACACAUAUACACACUUCUUCCCCACUAAACCCGCUUGAUUGACAGCGACCUUUUCUGGACCACAAACGCUUCUACUUGAACAAUGAGGGAAACGAAGAGUAAAACUCUACCAACCCACUUACAAUGACCAAGCCCACCGAACUCUUACAGGAACGACGGAAGUCCGACCAGAACAAGACUUUUUAAAGACCGACUAGAAGAUCUUUCUUAAAGAUGGUUUGAGUUUGGGCCGAUUGACUUUUGAAGACCAAUUUAUAAGACGUGAAACGAGGAGGGACGAGGAAACCUCGGUGAAGGAACAAAAGUAGGGAGUGUGAUAUUUUCAGGACGCAAAUUGGCUUCGAUUUUGGGACCGCCGUCUUUAGCUCGGAGUGCCUGUCCGUUUCCAGGGGAUACCGUUGCCAUAGCAACGGUCUCCGGGGAGUCUCACCUGUCAUUCCUUAGUUGUUUUAGGGACCAAAAGACCAAACAUUUUUAUUGCUGAGGACUUGUAGCUCUAAUAUACUCGGACCACUGCAUCUCUUUCAGUCAGCAUCAACUGGUUGAAGGGUUGCACUUAAAAAAAAGUGUACAUUUAAAAUAUAUACAACACUUGUAUAUAUAUACAUAUAUAUUGCUGAUAUGCUUUUUGAAUACA